AUGCCACUGCCUGUGGCGCUGCAGACCCGGUUGGCCAAGAGAGGCAUCCUCAAGCAUUUGGAGCCUGAGCCAGAGGAAGAGAUUAUUGCUGAGGACUAUGAUGAUGAUCCUGUGGACUAUGAGGCCACCCGGUUAGAGGGCUUGCCACCAAGCUGGUAUAAGGUGUUUGACCCUUCCUGCGGGCUCCCUUACUACUGGAAUGUGGACACGGACCUCGUGUCCUGGCUUUCCCCACAUGACCCCAACUCUAUUGUUACCAAAUCGGCCAAGAAGCUCAGGAGCAUUAAUGCAGGUAAGCUGGCAGACAGACCCAAGGGUGAAGAGGGCCACGUCAAGACUUUCAUGUUCUCAGAUGCUGAGGAGAAGUCAGACCGAGGCCAGGACAAACUCGACAGAGAUCGAGAUCGUGGCUGUGACAAGGUGGACAGAGAUCGAGAGCGGGACAGAGAUCGGGACCGUGGGUAUGAUAAGGUAGACCGAGAAGAGGCCAAAGAACGCCGUCAUCAUCGCCGAGAGGAAGUGGCUCCCUACCCCAAGAGCAAGAAGGUAGCAAGCCGAAAGGAUGAAGAAUUAGAUCCCAUGGAUCCCAGCUCGUACUCAGAUGCACCACGGGGCACAUGGUCAACAGGACUUCCCAAGCGGAAUGAGGCAAAGACAGGUGCAGAUACAACAGCAGCUGGGCCCCUCUUUCAGCAGCGCCCAUACCCAUCACCAGGGGCUGUGCUCCGGGCCAAUGCUGAGGCCUCUCGAACCAAGCAGCAGGAUUGA